AUGGGCAAAAAUGUGUUGUCUAUUUUAGGAAAGCAUAGAGCUCCGGGGAAGGUUUUGCUAGAAGCAGUCUGCAAUCACCUGAACCUUGUCGAAGGUGACUAUUUUGGCCUUGAAUUUCUGGAUCAUAAAAAGAUUACGAAGCAGCAUGGCUGCCACUUCCCAUAUGAUUCUGUUCCAUCCUGGGUACUCCAGUUCUGUAAGAAUGUAGAUAUCACAAUGAAAGGGCAAGUCAUGUGGGAUGAACCACGCUCAUAUCCCUCUCCCAUUCCAAUAAUCCGGCCUCCUGACAUUGCCAUGAUUCUGUGUAUGGUUGGAUUGAAACCUAUUGUGAAACAGAUCAGAAGGCCUAAACAUGUAGUUCUAAAAUUUGUGGUGAAAUUCUUUCCGCCUGAUCAUGCUCAGCUGCAAGAAGAGUUAACAAGGUACCUAUUUGCAUUGCAAGUAAAGCAGGAUUUGGAAAAAGGGAGGCUAACGUGUAAUGACACCAGCGCUGCUCUCUUAAUCUCGCACAUUGUACAAUCUGAGAUUGGGGAUUUUGAUGAAACCAUCGAUCGUGAACACUUAGCAAAGAACAAGUAUAUACCUCAGCAAGAAGCAUUAGAAGACAAAAUCAUGGAAUUUCAUCGUAAUCAUAUUGGACAGACACCAGCAGAAUCAGAUUUCCAGCUGCUUGAGAUUGCACGCCGUUUGGAAAUGUAUGGAAUCCGGUUGCAUCCAGCCAAGGACAGAGAAGGAACAAAGAUCAACUUGGCAGUUGCCCAUACGGGCAUUCUGGUGUUUCAGGGUCACACCAAGAUCAACGCCUUCAACUGGGCUAAAGUUCGGAAGCUGAGCUUUAAGAGGAAGCGUUUUCUUAUUAAGCUGCGGCCAGAUGUCAAUAGCUCCUUUCAGGACACACUAGAAUUCCUGAUGGCCAACCGGGAUUUUUGUAAGGCCUUUUGGAAGAUAUGUGUGGAACACCAUGCCUUCUUCAGACUCUUUGAGGAACCCAAACCAAAGCCUAAACCUGUUCUCUUUACUAGAGGUUCAUCCUUUCGGUUCAGUGGUCGAACUCAGAAGCAGGUUCUUGACUAUGUUAAAGAAGGAGGGCACAAGAAAGUCCAGUUUGAAAGGAAACACAGCAAGAUUCACUCUGUUAGGAGCCUGACUGCCAAGCCUUCAGAACAGCAUUCAGAGGUGCCAACACAAAACUCUAGUUUUACAUAUGGCGACGAUGCCGAUUCCCCGGUGGUUCAGAGCAUCUGGCAGGGGAAAGAACUGAAAGUUUCAGUGGAAGACGGCGGGCGGCGGGCAAGCCCUUCCCUAAAGAAGAGCCCGAAGGAAGAAAGGAGGCUGGACGGUGCGGUGAUAGCAACAAUGGAGGAAGAGGAGGAGGUCGUCAAGGACAGACCCCAGCACAGUAGACCUCAGGCCCAGCAGCCGAGCACAGCAGGCUCUCUUGCCGGCAGCCCUCACCUUUCAGAACUGUCAAUCAAUUCCCAAGGAGGACCACCCAUGGCCCAUGUGACGCUAUCUCCCAAUCUGAGCCCUGAUAAUAGGCAGGCUUCUCCAUUGGUCAGCCCUCUGCUGAACGACCAGACUGGGAUUCGAACGGAUGAUGAAGAGGAAGUCAGGAGAAAGGCAGCUUCUGCCUUUUCAGACUGUGUAGUUGUCAGCGGGAAUCCACAAGUGUCCAGCCAGAUUCAUCCACCCAUGGCCCAUGUGACGCUAUCUCCCAAUCUGAGCCCUGAUAAUAGGCAGGCUUCUCCAUUGGUCAGCCCUCUGCUGAACGACCAGACUGGGAUUCGAACGGAUGAUGAAGAGGAAGUCAGGAGAAAGAGGUUUCCAACGGAUAAAGCAUACUUCAUUGCGAAAGAAGUGUCCACGACAGAACGAACAUACCUGAAAGACCUUGAAGUCAUCACAUCGUGGUUCCAGGGCUCAGUGAGUAAAGAUGACUGCAUGCCAGAAGCACUGAAGAAUCUCAUAUUUUCCAACUUUGAACCUUUGCACAAAUUUCAUACCACCUUUCUAAAGGAAAUAGAGCAACGCCUUGCCCUUUGGGAAGGGCGAUCGAAUGCCCAUCUGAAAGGAGAUUACCAAAGAAUUGGGGACCUUAUGCUGAAGAACAUUCAGAGUAUGAAGCAACUGACAAUCCAUCUGCGGAAGCACAGCGAGGUUCUGAUUGAGCUAGAGAACGGGAUCAAGAACUCCCGCAAGUUGGAGACUUUAUGCAGGGACUUCGAGAUGCAGAAAGUUUGUUACUUACCCCUCAAUACCUUCCUGCUCAGGCCUCUGCACCGGCUUAUGCACUACAAGCAGAUAAUGGAAAGGCUCUGUAAACAUUAUCCACCAAAUCACGUGGACUUCAGGGACUCCAGAGCUGCUCUGGCAGAGAUCUCCGAGAUGGUGGCUCAGCUCCACAGUAGUAUGCUGAAGAUGGAAAAUUUCCAGAAACUGCACGAAUUGAAGAAAGAUUUGAUCGGCAUCGACAGUCUGGUGAUUCCAGGAAGGGAAUUUAUUAGAUUGGGCAGCCUCAGUAAGUUGUCUGGAAAAGGCUUACAGCAGCGGAUGUUCUUCCUGUUCAAUGAUGUCUUGCUAUACACAAGCAGGGGCCUGACUGCUUCAAAUCAAUUUAAAGUCCACGGACAACUUCCACUGUAUGGCAUGAUGGACUUGCCUUCCUAUCCCAGCAGCCGCUCUGAAAUGGACAAAUGGAUCGAGGACAUACAGAUGGCAAUUGACCUGGCUGAGAAAUGUAAUGGCCCCACUCCUGAAUUUCUGGGGAGUAGCCCACCUGAUACUAAGACCCCAGAGGAGCCAACCGUAGACCAAGAAUCGGAAGACGAUCUCAAUGCAUCCCGCACUUCGCUUGAACGUCAGGCUCCUCACCGUGGCAACACUACGGUGCACGUCUGCUGGCACAGAAAUACCAGCGUUUCCAUGGUCGACUUUAGUAUUGCUGUGGAGAAUCAACUCUCUGGAAACCUUUUGAGAAAAUUCAAGAACAGCAAUGGGUGGCAGAAGCUCUGGGUGGUAUUCACCAACUUCUGCAUGUUUUUCUACAAAUCCCAUCAGGACAAUCAUCCUUUAGCUAGCCUUCCUCUGCUGGGUUAUUCUCUGACCAUUCCUUCUGAAUCUGAGAACAUCCAUAAAGACUAUGUCUUUAAGCUACACUUCAAAUCCCACGUGUACUAUUUCAGGGCAGAAAGUGAAUACACAUUUGAACGGUGGAUGGAGGUUAUCCGAAGUGCAACCAGCCCGGCCUCGCGCAUCCGGGUUCUUAGUCACGAAGAGUCACAUGUUUAUUGACAACUCAACGCCCAACAAGUUGUUCAUUCCAGCAGUUGCUGCUUUUCUAGAGGACAUUUUGGAUUUUAUUUUCUCCUUUUAAAGUUUAGAAAAACGGAAAUUUGUUGUUUUUUUAAAAAAAUGUUUUGGAGCCGUUUUUUGUAAUAUUGCCUCCGCAGGAUUGUUUACUAUGAUCGGCCAGGUGACAGUUACACGUCUUGUAUUUUGUCUUUUGGUGUGGCUUUUUUUUUUUUUUAAAGCUUGUGCCAGUAUUAAAAUAUUGUCCUUGGAGUGCCAAAUGCCAAAAGACAUUUCCUUGCCUCAAAAGUUUGCACCGGAAAUAUGGUACAGUUUUUUGUAGUAACUUCAUAUUUGGUAUUUUCCUGGAGAGCAAAUACCUUUUCUUCUUUGAAAGGAAAAAACCCCAGCCCCACAAAAGAAUGAUCAGACUGCUGGUUUUUAAAAAUAUGUACUUCGUAUGUAUUGUAUUAACAGCCUUCAUCAUAAAACAUGCAUAAAGAGCA